GAAGGUUUUUUUUAAUUAUAGAUAUACAUUCAAUUAACAGAGUAAAGCGUUUAGAUACAUUGAAGUAUUAGAGAAUCGCUUAAAGAGAAUGGAGAAAUUGUUGGGUGGAUUGACAGAUGAAUUUGAUGAAGAAAAAGAGGAAGAAAAUAUACCAUCUAAAAGAAUCAAGACGGAGGAAGAGAAUUGCCGAAAUCAAGAAGUUACACAAGCUCUUGAACACGACGAUGUAACAUUGCCUGUCAACAGCGGCGCCUUGACCGAUUCGCCAAAAAAGGAUCCAGAACAAUUGACAUAUGAACUGUCGUCGCUGAACACAGGGCUUAAUGCACGUUACAUUGGUGACAUGAGUCCAUUGCCUUUGUUAGCCCAAAAGAUCAAUUUUGAAGAUGCUCGUAUUGCUUCCAAGAUUGGAUUCAAAAUAAGAAGAUUUGGUCAAAGUUUUGUUAUUUAUGAGAAAGACGACAAAAAAGACAAACACCAUAGCAUGCAUCUCUUAGAGAGAAUGGGAAAAUUAAGGCCAGGCGAAACAAUCAAAAGUCUAAAUGACUGGAUUUAUAAAGUGACUGGCCUAGACAAAAGAACAAGUGAUGCAUUAAUGAAAAUCUAUUUUGCUUAUAUUCAUCCUGGUUUACCUGUGAUCAACAAGCAGCUCUUUUUGAAGCAAUAUCGUGGGCAAGUUGUUGGAUAUCCCUCAGCACCACUAUUGAAUGCUAUCUAUGGUGCUUCUGUGCGGUACAUAAAUACAUGCAGAACCUUUGGUGAUGAACUAUCUUUUGAUCAUCCUAUUGAGACUAAAAAAAACUGGUCUGAAUACCUAUUUGAAAAUGUAUUUGCUUAUAUUCGAGGCAAGUAUUAUCCUUGUUUGCCUACUGUUCAGGCUGUGGUGAUUGUUCAGAAUCAUCUUGCCAGUCUAGAUGAAAAAGUAGCAGGCACCUGGCUACUUGCUUCGGGUGCCACUCGGGCAGCUCAAGAUUUAGGUCUGCAUCGAUCCAGCGAAUGUUGGGAUCUACCUACAAGUGAGAAAGAAACAAGAAGAAGAGUAUGGUCUGCUGUUUAUAUUAUGGAUAAAUGGUCAGCAGCAGCCACAGGAAGACCACAGACUAUUUUUGAUGAAGAUUGCGAUGAAAUCUAUCCAAGUGAAAGUGCAGACUGGGACGAAAUCAUGGAUGUAAAGCAUGAAAAUGAUGAUGAUGGACCAAGAUUUCCUUCUUUAGAUGAAAAAGUAGCACAGAAAGCAAAUCGUGGCACAAUUCCUAUCUAUCAACCCUUUGUACAGCUUGUCAAACUAUCAGAAAUUUUGGGGAAACUGUUAAAAGGUUUGUAUACACCACUUGCUAAAAAGCAUAGUGAAAAGCAUGGUAGUGAUGCCAUCGUUACCUAUCUUGAUAAUGCAUUGUCUGAAUGGAGAACUGCUUUACCACCUGCUCUGCAAAUUUCUUCUAGAAAUGUACACCGAUUGAACAAUCGUGGCCAAACACCCUUGAUUUCCAUGUCAGGACUAAUGUAUUUAGCCUAUUGUACAUUGCUUAUACUACUUCAUCGACCAUUUAUUGAAAAAGAAGGCAGUCAAAAGACCCGUUCUGCACAAACAUCGUUUAGUAUCUGUACAAGUGCAGCUACUCAGUGUGUUGAAAUUGUAGAAAAAAUGCAUUACAGAGACUUUUUGCUUGUUUCUUGGAACUUUUCUAUUUAUCCUUUAUUUACAGCCAUUUUGAUCCAUAUUAACAAUGCUUCUCAUGCAGACAGUAUUGUAUCUGAUGUUGCAAAAUCCCACCUUAUUCGAGCCAAUGAUGUACUGAAGCGACUCUCAAGACUGUCAUCAGGUGUAGAUCAACUGUCGAAUAUCAUUCAUCAAUUGAUCAUUGACCGAGACAUCACACUUGAAAAGCUUGUGCUUGAAUGCGAUACUAAAUCAAAGAAGCAAGCCAAAUCAAAAAAGACAGUGAAUGAAGUCGAAGAAACAGCUUCACCUGCGUUUGUUAGUUCUGAUUCUGAAGCCAUUCCUAGUUGUCAGUCUACACCUAAUUCAUUGACCAAUGACGAUUGGAUCAAUGGGCUCUAUUCUUCUCUACAGACAGAGACAAUAGUAACAUCUUCUGAGACUCAGCCAUCACCCAUGAAUACCAAUACAAAUCUGGUUGAAUCGUUGCCUUAUUCACUAAGACAAUUUGGUAUCUAUACAGACCAAACGUACUCACCUCACAAUCAAUCACGACAGCUUCAUGUACCAUGUCAAGCCAACAUGAAUGAUGGUACACAGCCUCAAAUGAUGAUGAAUCCUGCAGACAGUGUCUUAUUUGGUAUAUCAGAUGUAGGAUUCUCUACAUCACUUAAUAUGCAGCCAUACAUGCAAUCCAAUGUUGAACCCACUUUGAGCAAUGACUAUCCAACUCAGCUUAAUAAUCUGAUUGAUAAUAGCAGUGUCUUUAGACAUCGACCUGAAAAUCCAUUUUGGUCUAUGCCCAGUAGUAUGGAGUUAAAUGAUUGGGCAGCUUAUUUCUUACCUCAACAACAACAACAGCAACAGCAACAACAACAACAACAACAACAACAGCAACAACAGUCAACAUCAUGGCAUAAUAAUCUUCAUUAUUAAUAAUAAUAAAUUGGUGUAUUUGAUGACAAAUACUUUAUGGACAAAAGUAGAAAAAAGAUGUAUGUAAAAGAAAAUUACGUGUAUUCAGGUGCUGCAUUUGGAGUUGUACAAAUGCAAGUGUAUUAUAGAUGCAUUGUGUAAGGGAAUUACAUAAGUUUACGCAAUUUCACUUGCUUCUAAUUUAGCAUGAUCCACUUCACUGGUAUCGUUCAAUUCUUCUUGGCUUACUGCUCUGCCUGAUUUACGAGCAAUAAAGUCACGGAACCAAUGAAUGAGGCAUUGGAAGAAAUAGCCAACAACACAGAUAAUACCGACUAAAAUGUACCACAAUGCUGCCUUUCCGCCUUGACUCCAGUCUAAAAAGCCAUAGAUCCAAUAGCCAUUACUAUCCUAAAGUGUGAGAGAGCAAGCUAUUUGAA